AUGUCUGAUUGGACUACCCUCCAUCUCAAAGCAUUAUCGCUCUGGGCCGUUCGACUUGGCCUGGGCGUCUCGUUUGCCGCAUACAUCAAUGGAGAUUUUGACCCCACGGACGACAACCUUGCGGCUUUCAUAAUCACCACCAUGCUCUUUCUCGCAACCGUCAUCCCAGCGAAAUACUACGACAGGCUUAAAAUUUAUCUCAAGCCCGCCGCAAGGUUCUUCGGAGCAUGGCUCUUCUUGAGCUUCAUCGCUUUCUCCUCAGCGGUAGCAGGCUUCGUGAUCACAGCCAAAACCGUCCCCAGCCUGGCCAGCAUUUUCGGGGUCUCGCAAAUUUUCAUCGCGGCGUUCGUUUUCACUAUCGUCGCGGCGAUUGCCUAUCCGGCCCUCCCCGAACGCCUUGAGACGUUUCGGCGCACAGGACCGCGCCGGCCAGGUAACACACCCGAUGUGAACAAGAGUGAGCCUGAAGUGGAUGCACCUCCGAUCGUCCCCCGUGCGUCAUAG